CAUGAUAUCCAGGAGCGACUAUUCUAUUCUAUUGAUAUGGAUUGAUAUGGAAAGCGACGAAUACUCCGUGUAUGACACCGGAAAUCAUUGCUCUUCUUUGAUAUCGGCCCGGCCCACGAGGAUCAGGACAUGAGUUAUGCGUAACACAGCCUUGGAAAAUUGUAUAUUUCAGGGCAAUUUGAGCAAUAAGGGCUAAAGCGGGAGGUCGAGUGAUUGUUUGCCAUAGUUCAUUCCUAGUGUUUUUGCUUCGAAAGAUAACUUAGUUAUAUCAAAGUUCAUCGAUUCGGGUCAUGAUGCAGUUGUUUUACAAUAAUGAAUUUCAAGCCGUUCGUUCCCCUAAGCCAGCGACGAGGCUGUGAGUAUACACAAAUUGGAAGUAUAUAAUAUAGAGCCGCUUGAGAUGGAACAUGACCGGGAAGCAAUCAUAUUUACUCUACACGCUGUUGGUUGAGAUAUUUAGUAAAACGAAAACGCGACAGAAAAUGAAACCAUUAAAACAAACAAUCAUUUUUGCCUUCUUCUUCCCUCUGCACGACAAACGUGGGAUGCAUAUGAAAAGCUAACUCGACAUGCGCCACAGUCUGCCCCAUUGCAUUCGGCCCGAUGGUCUGCGGCUGUUUCAACGGACUCCGAGGUUGAAGAUAUUUUCCUGGGGUUUGCAAUCUGAGAGUACGUUACUAAUUGACGUGUGGAUCUACUUGGACAGAGCAAGCCUUUGAGAACGAAAUACGAAAAACGAAGAUCCGGGGUUCUGAUAAAUAAAUACAGGAGAGUAACAGCGGCUCACACUUAUCCGACGAACGAUAAGUACGCUCUAGACGAAGCAAAAAGGCCUAGGAUAACGAGCCCUUGCUUGCAUUCAUCUGGUGCUGUUAGCGAAAACCUGGACGUCCAACCAACGUUCUUGGAUUCAAAAAUGGAGUCAUCGAAACGGAUAGACUUGGCUUUUACUAAGGCAUUACCCAAGAUCGAGCUCCAUGCCCAUCUCACUGGAAGUAUCUCCCGGGAAUGCUUGCGAGAAAUAUGGCUGCAAAAGAAGGCAAAAAACCCAGAUUUGGAUGUAAUAGAUCCUUACAUUGCAAUGCCUCCAGGAAAGGUGGAUUACACGCUCAAAACGUUCUUCCAAGUAUUCACAAGCAUGAUCUACCAGCUCUGUACCGAUUUAGAAAGCAUUAAAUAUUCAACAAGAUCCGUCCUAAAUGAUUUCGAGAAUGAUGGGGUUCGGUAUCUUGAACUACGCACCACUCCGCGAGAAAGCCUGGAGAAUGGAAUGACAAAAGAAAAGUACAUAGAAACGACGCUUGAUACCAUCUACGAAUGUCGCAGCGACCAGAUGUCAACCUACCUUAUCAUAUCCGUGGACAGAGCAAAAUCCGCCUCAGAUGCCUAUGAAGCGAUAGAUUUGGCCAUAAAAUACAAGAGUCGAGGCGUGGUAGGGGUGGAACUUGGCGGUAACCCAAUGCGAGGAGAUGUUUCUAUUUUCAGACAGGCCUUUUCGAAAGCGAAAGCCCAUGGUCUCAAACUGACUCUUCACUUUGCCGAGACGACAUUUUCCUCGUCUCCUUAUGAACUCAACACACUCCUCUCUUACGAGCCCGAUAGGCUGGGCCAUGUUAUCCAUGUUCCCGAAGAUAUCAGAGAUGAAAUUGCCUGUCGGAAGAUCGGAUUAGAGCUUUGUCUCUCAUGCAACGUUCAUGGCAGAUUGAUUGAGGGAGGUUUUCCGGACCAUCAUUUUGGCUACUGGAGACAUCGAGACUGCCCGAUUAUUCUUUCGACCGACGAUGUUGGAUUCUUCUGCAGCCCCUUGUCAAACGAAUAUCUUAUUGCAGCCGAGAGCUUUAAGCUCGACCAUGCCACGGUAAUCGACAUGUGCAAGAAAGGGAUAAAUACAAUAUUUGCAGGACCAGGGGAAAAGGAGAGGUUACAUAACUUGCUUACUGAGUUUAAAGCCAAGUAUAUGUGAAUUUUUUCAUUUGUUCCAUAAAUUUAUUCGUGCGAUGAACCUCACCAGGGGGCGAGCACGGGAUAUGCUAAUCUCGCAGGAAAUCACCCUCAAAAUGAAUUAUACUUCAGAUUUUACUAGCUUUCAUUUAUUUUAUUCAUUGAAAUGGUCUCCUUCUUGUUCGUCUCAGUUCAGUGCUCGGAUAUUCCACCUAUAUAUUUGGCGUAUAAAUCACGUCUCAUACUUCUGACUACACCCUUCCCUGGUUUAUUUUCGCCAUGCUCUCUUCCCAUUUUUCCUGUUGCUAUUGGAGCAAAGAACUGACAAUGGUCCGUGGACAAAAAUACGAAAUUUAGCAAGGAUUAGUGACAUAAUUUACUGUUGGAGGUUCUCCACUGGCCCUCACCCACGUGACCCACACAUAUAU